ACUUUCAAAUUCGAAUUGGGAAUGCGCAUUUGUAACAGUUUUAUUGUGUGCUGCAUAGUGAGGAAAAUUGAAGUCCGUGCUCGAUAGUGUAUAUAGUUUUUGUUAAAAUUUAUAUCUACAUUUUUAUACUGUUUAGUAGACGGCAUACGGGAGUAGCUGACGUGUGUGUGAGAUGUUCGUGACUGCUGUCUGUUUCUUGAACAUAUCGCUAUAGCACGAGAUUUGAUUAAUUUUUAGAUUGUAAACGCAACAUUCAAUCUUCUCGCUCAGUAUAUCCUGUGACAGAUCAUUCUGGAGACAAGAAAACUAUCCUAGGAGAGAGAGAUUUUGCGACAGAUAGCAUGUCAACUGUUGUCAGCUCACAUCUAUUACUUUUCUUCAAAAGAUGAAAGUUCUGUCAAAUACUAGGUGGACUGCAGCUAAUAACAAUGGUGACUUAGUUUCCAGCAGCAGAUAUACAAGGAGGAUAGCUGCUGGCUGUUCAAAGAAGAAGGGGGAACCAAAUGUUAUCAGUAAAUUGGAGACACGAAAUAUUUCUGCAUCAAGGUGUGUGCUGCGUGACAAAACAAAUAGCUGUGUGGCAAAUGUUAAGUCUUCUGUUUAUGUGCCAAUUGGGUACCAAAAUUCUGAGAACAACAGGUUAUGUUCAGUAACUAAUCGUUUGAAGGUGUCUAGAAAAAACUUGCCGGACUCCUUUUCCUUUAACCACAAAGAGACAAAGGACACUAUGAAAAAGAGUGAAACUAGUCGAAAUGAAGCAAAUGAAGAUGUGUACGAGUUUGUAUUAGAUGAGGGCGAAGUUAAUGAAAAUAAACUCAAGACCAAGAAACAAAGUAAAAGAAAACGUGUCCAGAGAAAGAUCAUAGAUUCUCCAGAAGAAGUUUUACCAGCAAAGAAGAAGAGAAAACCACUGCAAGAUAAAAUUUCCAAAAAUUUGAUACCUGAAUCAAACCCAAAAAAUAGGUUAGGAAGUAAAGAAUUGAACCUUUCUUCUGGAAAGUCAUUUUCAAAUGUUUUACAUACAGCCAAGAUGAAAAUGAAGACAGUGCACUUCAACAAUCUUUCAGGUGAUGAAUUAAUGAAGUCUAGCACUGGAGUGCGAAUGAAACACUGCACACCAAACAGUAGUACUAAAAAUGUUGGUUCUCCGGAAACUGUGCAGGUCCUUAAUACACCCACCAAAACUAGUGGGAAAGGUGACACAUGGAACCUUUUGUCUUCAUUACAUCCAUCACCACAAGUAAAGUCAAUUAGAUCAUGUACGACACAAAUAAAUCCGGUAUGUUCUCCUUCAGUUUCAGAAUGUGGUAAGCUGGAUACAAGAAUGAAAGAAAAUGAAGUAUCAAGGAAACUACUAUCAUUCUUUAGUCCAGCACAUAUUGCAGGUAAUUCAAGAAACAAUUAUUCAAUUCCAGUUACAGAGAAAACUCCAGCCAAACAACUGGCUGCUAGAUCCUUUAAUGCUGAAAAGGAAAAUAUUGAAAUCAGUCAUUCUGAAAAUAUACAGCCCUCCUUUUCAUCUGAUACAGCUGAGCAACAAUGUGACAAAACACAAAGAAAUCUAGAUGUUUCAAAUUGUUUUGGUUUUGAUGAUGACGCUGAUAGCGAAGAUGGAGAUUUCUCACCAGCUAAGACAUUUACUAAAAGUUCUCAUAAGUUGGGGAAAUUUCAGUGUUCAACCCCCAAAGAUGUCAGUCAAAAGAAAGAUGCAUCACAGCCUUUCAGAUUCCCUGCCCUUUCAAUAGUUAAAAAAAGAAAAUUCCUCCAAACAGUUGGAAACACACCUGCUGCAGUAACAAAUCUGAGUGGAAAAACCGAAAGUUCAGGCAGUACUUUAAAAAGAAAACCUUGUAUUCCUGCCAGUUCUCCAGUUAAAGAACCCAUCACACCCACCAUAUUUGAUAUUGAAGAUGAAGUUCACGAGUCUCAAGAUGAUGAAAAAUAUGAAAGUGAACAUCAGCAACUGCAGAAGAAACACAAGGACUGUGUAGCAAUUUCUUCACUACAAAAGAAGGUUGUGCAAAAAAGUUAUGGAACACCAAGACUUGGGACUAGAUUGAGGCAGCCAGUACAAGAGCUAAAAGAUUCUUCUGAAGAUGAAGCUGAAGAAAUUGUCCCAAAAAAGCACAAAAGAACACAUCGGCCACCCAAGACAAAUGAAGCUGAUGAAUGGGCAAAGUGUUUCAACUCCAUGUGUGAAACAAUUGACAGUUUUGAAUUGGUUGUAGAAUAGUUUUUUGUGGAGUAUUGAUGGCAGUAUUAAUUGUGUGCAUACAGUUCUUUUCAUAUAACAGUCUGAAAACAUUUAAAAUUUAUUGAUGUGAUUUUGUUGAUGUUUACUUUAUGCUUGCAUUAAGGAUGUGUCUUUAUUUGGUAAAAUUGUAUUGAUACUUAGAUGUACCUGAACUUAGUUAUUUUGCUACUGUUUUCAUGUGUCUCUUGAAGAAACUUUUGUAAUUGUAACUAUGAAAAAUGUUUUUGAUCAUUUUAACACAAUUAUUUUGUAGUGCAGCUUUAUAUCUUUUGUACA